AUGACUUCUAGAACAGAUAUCAGCGACGAUGAAACACUUCGUCAAAAGAUUCAAGAUCCGAAACCGAAACAACGGUCAUUAGUGAAUCUCAUCUUCGACAAUACACGAAUCGACCAGGCCGUUGAGAACCACCAAUAUCCAGGAUGUGGCACAUUCGAAGACCCCUUUGUCGUGAACUGGAUCCCAGACGACACAGGGAAUCCCCUCAACUGGGAUAAGUGGUUGAAGUGGGCUAUCACCAUGGUCUCUGCUGCCACUUGUUUCGCUGUUGCUUUUAGCUCCAGUGCCUAUACAGGUACCAUCAUGCAACUCAUGAUCCAUUUCCAAGCAAGCCAAACUCUUGUAACCGCUGGCGUCUCGUUAUACGUCCUCGGCUUCGCUGUUGGACCACUCCUUUGGGCACCUCUCUGCGAAAUUUGGGGCCGACAACUCAUCUUUGUGAUUAGCUACGGCAUGUAUGUUGUCUUUAGCGCAGCAUGCACAGCUGAUCACGGCAUUGCAACACUCUUGGUCUUGCGCUUCUUCUGUGGAACGUUUGGUUCAUCACCAUUAACAAAUGCUGGAGGCGUCAUCUCCGAUGUCUUUAAGCCUGAUGAGCGUGCUAUUGCUAUGGCCUUUUUCUCUUUGGCCCCGUCAUUGGGCCCGACUCUGGGCCCAUUCAUUGGCGGAUACCUUGUUGACGCUCACGGGUGGCGAUGGGUCAUGGGAUUGAUGGCUAUCGUCGCCGGUGUUUUCUGGAUCCUCGACAUGUGUUGCGCGCCCGAAACCUACGCACCUUAUAUCCUCAGUAACCGCGCCGCCGUGCUAUCGAAAAAGACAGGCAAGGUAUACAUAUCCAUCUAUGAACACCAAGGCAAAGCCGAUCCGCCGAACGUCGUUCUUAAAAAGGCCCUCGUCAGACCAUGGCUACUACUCUUCCUCGAACCAGUCGUUCUUAUUCUUUCGACAUACAUUGCUAUCAUUUUCGGCACGCUCUACAUGCUUUUCGGCGCUUAUCCCGUUGUCUUCCAAAUAGAGAGGGGUUGGAGUGCUGGUAAGGGCGGCCUCGCAUUCCUUGGUGUUGCUGUCGGUAUGAUCGGAGCUAUACCCGUCAUUGGACUUGUCAAUAUCUGGUACAUGAAGCAAGCCGCAAAGCACAAAGGCGAGCCAGUUCCCCCGGAAUACCGUCUUCCUGGCUGCAUGAUUGGAGGCAUCUGCGUACCGGCAGGAAUGUUUUGGUUCGCGUGGACAUCGUACCCUGACGUGCAUUGGAUGGCGCCAGUAGCAGCCGGAGUUCCCUUUGGUCUCGGCAUGGCUCUAGUAUUCAACAGUGUCUUCAACUACCUCAUCGAUUCGUACACCAUCUACGCUGCUUCAGUCCUUGCAUCAAACGCCGUGCUGCGAUCGAUGUUUGGCGCAGCAUUUCCAUUAUUCACAAAGCAGAUGUACGACAAGUUAGGUACACAGUGGGCAAGCUCAGUUCCUGCUUUCCUUUCUUUGGCAUGUUUACCUAUGCCCUUUAUUUUCUACAAAUACGGUCCUGCGAUUCGACAGCGUUGCAAAUAUUCUGCAAAGGCGGCUCAAGCCACGGCGAUGGCUGCCAAGGCACAGUAG